AUGGUAGGAAUAGCCUAUCAAGCAGCCCAUGAUACCUCUGAAGAAGCUAUAGCCAAUGUUAUUGUUUCCGGGUUUAGUGGUCAACUGAAGGGAUGGUGGGAUAACUACCUUUCCGAUAACCAAAAACACUCAAUCUUUUCUGCCAUAAAAGUCAACGACCAGAACGAACCCAUCAUUAGUGACGAUGGGGAACCUAUCCCCGAUGCUGUCAAUACCUUAAUUUUUACCAUAGCAAGCCACUUCAUUGGUGAUCCAUCUCUUUGGAAAGAUCGUUCUGCGGAACUGCUUUCCAAUCUUAGAUGCAAAACUUUGUCUGACUUUCGAUGGUAUAAAGAUACCUUUCUUACUAGGGUUUAUACCAGAGAAGACAGUCAACAACCUUUCUGGAAAGAAAAAUUCCUUGUUGGACUCCCCAAAUCACUUGGAGAUAAGGUAAGGGACAAAAUUCGUAGCUUAACUCCAGACGGGAUAAUACCCUAUGAUGAGUUAAGUUAUGGCCAACUCAUUUCUUUUAUCCAAAAGGUUGCCCUAAAGAUUUGUCAAGAUGAUAAAAUCCAAAGGCAACUUGCUCAUGAGAAAACUCAAAAUCGUAUCGAUUUGGGAACUUUCUGUGAACAAUUUGGUCUUCCUGCUUGUCAUCUAAGGAAAUCUAAAAGACCUUCCAACAGAAAAGUCUUUAAACUCAACCGUGAAAAGAAUUUCAGAAGAUUCAAAAAAGGACAUGUUAGCAAAUAUUGUCGGUUAAAAAGAAAGAUUAAUAAUCUGAACCUUGAUCCUCAGAUUGAGGAUCAGAUUAAUAAUCUUAUGAUUGAAAGUUCAGAUGAUAACUCUGGACCAGAAUCUUCUGAUAAUAAUAUCAACAAUGUACAACUUGAUGAUGUUGAGUCAUCCUCUGAUUCAGAUAUCAAGCAAAUUAAUGAUAAUAACGAAGAUUAA